GCUCAGCGUUACGGCUGUAACGUCCACAACAAGAGCAAAGCGGAAGGUCUACAGUAGGUGAAAACAGACUUCCUACAAUCCGUCUGCCUUUAUUAAAUCGAAAUUUUAAAGCACAGUAAGCAGAGUGGCUUUUCAGGUGGCCAACCACUUCAGGGCUUCACAGCAGCAGAGCAGCGGUUGGUGGGGUGUGUGUGGGACAGGGCCAUGGAGUCACCUGAAGGGGAAGGCCGCACAUUUAUGCAGGUGAUCAGUGAGAAAUACAGCCCUGAGAAUUUCCCCUACCGCCGGGGCCCUGGCAUGGGUGUGGUUGUACCGCCUGGCCAUCAGGGAUCUCCUAUGAAGGACCGACUGAACCUGCCCAGUGUGCUGGUCCUGUAUGGCUGUGGAAUUAGCCAUGCUGGGGAUCAAGUAGAGAUUGCAGCGUUUUGUGCUCAUGUGGUUGAACUGGACUUAUCUGAUAACAAACUUCAAGACUGGCAUGAGAUCAGUAAAAUUGUUAUGAACAUUCCAAACCUGGACUUCCUGAACCUUAGCUCGAACCCGCUGAUGGACGCAGCGCUGGAGUCGGACUGCGCUAAGGCUUUAUCUAGGGUGCGCCGCCUUGUCCUCAACAACACUCGGAUUUCUUGGGACAUUGUUAACAUCUUUACAUGCGAAAUGCCCGAAUUGGAGGAACUGUUUCUGUGCCUUAAUGAGUACACCACUGUGAUGGUGUCUGCCACUCCAUGCCCUUCACUGCGUCUGCUGCACAUUACAGACAACAACCUGCAGGACUGGAACGAGGUGCGCAAGUUUGGCACCAUGUUCCCCUCUCUCGACACACUUGUCAUGGCCAACAACUACCUGAACUCCAUUCUUGACUCCGAGGACAGUCUUCGCCGACUCUUUCCUCACUUACGUAGCAUCAAUCUGCACAACUCUGGGCUUAGUCAAUGGGAAGACAUAGAGAAGUUAAAUUUCCUACCCAAGCUGCAGGAGGUGAGGUUGCAGGGCAUUCCUCUGCUGCAGACUUACACUACCACAGAGAGGCGCAGUCUCAUGAUCGCCCAGUUGCCCUCGGUGAAUUCCCUCAACGGGAGCAUUGUUACUGGGGGAGAGCGCGAGGAUGCCGAGCGUUUUUUUAUCCGUUACUAUCGGGAUCACCCUGAAGAGGAGCUGCCUCACAGCAAGGACAGUUUCAAGAACAAAAGGGAGCCACUUUUAUUUUUGUUUUUAAAGCACCUGGUCCCAAGAGGAAUCAAAAAUUAAGGUUAAGUGAGGUUUAAUAUCAUAUUUUACUUCAUUUACAUGCCAUUUCCAAAUGUUAUGAUUGUUUUUAUUGGUAAUAUUGAUAUAAAUUUGGGUGGCUGGAACGGUUUAUCUGCCUUUACUUUCCUAUAGGAAAAUGCAUUUCAAAAUUUCGCCUUCUCCGGAAUUGAUUUAGUUGUGUCGGAGUACAACUGUAAAUUACUGGACUGUCAGCUUUGUAAAGCAACUGUAGUGAAAAAUAAAUUGAAGAUCAAUAAAUGAAGAUCACUUAAAUAAAAAAAAAAAUUGGAUAGUCGAAUCCAUAGCUAUAUUUAAUAGUAAAAAUAAGUGCCUAUCCAUGCAUACAAUGCAACAAGCAUUCACAGCAUUGGGACUAAACAAGUGUGUGACAAUACGUGUUAGUGUGGCUAAUAAAAACAGUUUUAUUUCGCUGGGAACCAUAAAGAUUAGACUUUGGAGCUUUGACGCUGUGCCAAAAUGAUGGGAGAGUCAGGGUAAGAAGGGAAUUGCAUUGUAUCCAUUUUACAAGUCUCCGGAGGGAAUGUUACUGAAUAAUUAGGGGUUGCUUUAGUUGAUCUGGUCUAGGCGCAGCACUACUCACUUCCCAUUAGCAGCCGGGAGAACCACCAGCACUGUGAGCUCCUGAUUGGGUAGUGUUGAGAUGAUUGAUGUGGGAGUGCAAAUGCGCAACACCACCCACCCAUCUGCUCCUUAGACUAAGCCAGGAAUCAAACAUUGUAACUCUUUAUAUCUUUAGUUAUUAUUUUUAUUUACAUAUUUCAUAAACUGCGACAUGCUAAUAACAACAAACUGUUGAUUCUAACAUGAAAUUGUUAUAUUAUUUGUCCAUACUUGGUGCAUUCCUGUGCU